AUGAGAGUAUUUCUUAAUAAGCAGAUUUAUGUUGCAGAAUUGGACACAAGAAACGACAGGUAUGAGCGUAUAGUGAAGAUAUCUCGCGAUAUUACCAUCGAGAGUAAACGUAUCAUUUUUCAACUGCAUCGCUGCACCACCAGUGACGACAAGGAAAAUAUCCUGAAGAAUGCAGCUGAACGUCUGUCAAAUUUACGUUCGAAACAAUUUUAUGCGAUUGCAAAAGAGUUGAUCAAUCUCGAUCAGAACAUGUACAACAGAGCGAUCACUUUUGGUUUGCAAGAGUUUAUCGAAGCGUGGUCGUUUUAUACGUUUCUCAAAGAGGGAACUUUGUUGCGUUUGGAUGAAAUUGCAUUGGGAUUGAAAUUCGAUAUGCCUCAUGAAGGGGGCGAUGUGGAGAAGAAUGAAGGGGAGAGGUAUUAUUUAUCAUUCAUAUUGUUGGUUCUUUAUUAUUUAGUUUAUGGCGUUAUAUUCGUAUUAUUUUUGUGUUUGUUCUACUGGACGUCAUAA